CCGAGUUCACCAACUACAAUAUAAACAUUGAUUACGUAAUCGCUCCUUUAAAAUUUAACAGUUGGUUAAACAAUACACGUUCUUUUUAUGUUCACCACCCAUUUUUAACAAACGGUUAACCAACCAAACGUUUUUGAAUGAAUGAGUCGUAAAUGAAUGAAUGGUAUAGUAUUACUAUGUAAAGAUGUCAGUGUAUCUCCAUACAUUUGCUUUUUCCCCAGUAACAUUGCGAAAUGGUAGGGUAACAUUAUUGUUUGACGAAAUAUUAUUACCUGUUUCGUCAAUGCCAUGUCCAUAGCGGGAACGCCUUUGUUAUUUAGCAUCCUUUUCAAAUGUCUUGUCAAUGCCAAUGUCACUUUUUCGCUGUUUUUCGUCAAGUGUUGUGGCGGUUUGAAUUGAAUUUUGAAUACAAAAUUACCAUUAUAGUGCUAGAUAAUAGAUAAUGGAAGAUAAACGCAAGCGUACGUUAAAUUUUACAAGUGACGAGAAAUCGUUGUUAACCGAACUCGUUUCAAAAUAUAAAGCUGUAGUAGAAAAUAAAAAAUCAGAUGCGACAACAAACGCCGAUAAAGCAAGGGGUUGGAAGCAUAUAUCCCAAGAAUUUAAUGCUCUUAGCACAUACUGCUCCCGCCCUCCCGAAAGUUUAAAGACUUGCUGGGAGAACAUUAAACGCCAGACAAAAAAACUAUCAGCAAAUCGGAAACGGGAAGUAUUUAAAACUGGUGGUGGCAGACCCCCUCCACCAUCUCCUGGUACUGGAGCAGGCCGUAUUGUGGAAGAAAUAUUGGGGCCUGCUUUGGAAGGUAUUGAAAAUCAAUAUGAUAGUGAUGCUUUGCUAUAUGAUGAUGUAAGUACAGAGAAACUUAUACCUAUACUCUAAUUUACUUGUACAUACAUUCUCUUAUCUCAUCAAUGCAUGUAAAAUAACUAAUAUCGUCUUUCAAUGUAUUUUCAGUGUAACAAAGAUACGGCAAAAAUGUGCUCUGACGCUGAGGAGAUAGGUACGGAUGAAGUUAUUAAUGCAGUUGUGGAGACCGAGGAUGAACCUUCAUGUUCACUUACUUUUCCCAUCGCUGAGGUAAAUUCUGACAAUAAGGUAUUGCAUAUAUCAUAUAAAAUAUAAAUGUAUAAAUAUUAUAGGACCAUCUUACACAAAUCAACCUAGUCCCACGGUAAGCACAUAGAGGCUUGUGCUGUGGUUACUAGACGACGAUAAAUAUAAUAGAUAUCAUAUAGAUAAAUACUUAUAUACAUAGAAACAUCCAUAACUCGGGAACAAAUAUUUGUGAUGCCCAAACCGGGAUUCGAACUCAGGUCUUCCAGCUUAGUAGACAGAGUCACUACCAACUAAGCUAAAGAGGUUGUCGAUAUAUCAUAUGUUAAAUCUAUUUAUUAAUUUAUAUAAUAACCA